CCAUAAGUAGCAGGGGGCAUAGAUGACCACUGAGCCCUGGGAAGACCUUGAAGCCAACAGCAAUUCUGUACAUGGUCUUCCUGAGGCCUCCUUGGGCAUCAAAGCUGAUGAAAACUCGGAAGAUUUACCCGGACCGUCUGAAGGACUGGAUCCCCUACCUGAUGAAGUCCCCCCAGAAGACAUCGUGGAAGCACGAGCUGAAGAGGAUAUAGACCAGGCCUCUGAGGCAAACAUCAUCGCCACAGAGCAAGAUGAAGAGCAGGCCUCCAUGCAGAUUGCCACUUCUAUGGGACAGAAUAAAGAUCGGGCCUCCAUGCAGACGGACACCUCCACAGGGCGAGAUGCAGAGCCAGCCACCUCCAUGACUACAUCAACAUCUGGGGUCAAAGAAGAGAUCCCAGGUACACCAAAUCCUAGCCAGGAGAAUCUCGAAGAGCUUACAUCCCUGCUGCCCCAAGACCCAGGUAUCCUGCAAAUGUUUGUAGGUUUCCAGAACCCAGUGUGGGACAGGCUGGCUGAAAACAACCGCACAAGUCGGAGCCGGACGGUUUCCCCAAGUGACUCCCAGACCCAAGAAAAGACAUCAGGAAAGUCAACUGUUUCGGAAGGGCAACUGGAGAUAGCUUCAAGUGCUGACGUCCUGUCUGUCCUACCUGAAGAUGUCCAGCCUUCUGCAGGAGUUACUGACCUAUCCACUUCAGAUACCACUGGUCCUGAACCAGAACCCCCCAAGUCUGCUGAUCAGGAAGCUGAAGAUUUCAAGGCCUUGCACCCUGAGAGCAAAGCUAAAUCUCCGAAGUCAACCAGUGAGGAUUUAGCUGCGGACUCAGGGAUCCCUCAGGCCCCACCUUCUCCAAAGUCCCCAGCAGACAGUCCACCCCCUUCUCCAGAUUCCCAUCAGGUGUCCCUAGGAAGGAGCCGUCUGGACCCCAGUCUGUAUGGGCCUGAAGUGGAGAAUGACUACAUGCGCUCUAUGACCAGCCUACUGUGUGGAGGAGAGGGCUCCAUCAGCUCCCUCACAGACAUCCUGGUGUGGUCAGACACAGCCACACGCAUGGGUGUGGCUAUGGGCAUUCUGGCCUCAGGCCGCAGCUCUCCAGCUGACAGGCUACAAGACGAGGGUCCCCGCCUGCGCACCAUCGCCAGCCUCUUUCGCAGUGCCAGGUCAGCUUUCACGUCUGGGCUGAUGGCUGGAACUAGCUCAGUCCUGCGCUCUGUCACACACCUGCUGGAGUCUGUGGAGAGACACACUAUGGAAGGCAUCCGUUCAACUAUGCGCUACCUGAACCACUUCACCUCGCGCUGGGCUCGCACUGGCUCCAAUAGUGACUAGACCAGCCAGCCCCCCUACUCCUUCCCCAACCCUGUGCUAAAUAACUGCCCCCUGCCCCUCAGUAAAUAACCACAAGCGUU